GCUGCCUCCCGCCGGGACCGUAGAGGGGCACUCGGUACCGGUCAUUUUCUCACCCAUUCGUCGGACAAGAAGAUGUUCCGGACAUUUUCACGCUUGAACCCAACGGCGAGGCUGCUCUGCGUCAUUGGGAUUCACAGUUUUUCCGCCUGGAAAUCACGCACGGCUUCGGCUGUUGCUAGUCUCUACGGUCAAUUUGUCUACCGAGACUGGCCUGUAGAUGUGUCCCUUUCGAGAUGA